AGCCACAUGUGUGACAAAUUAACAACGACAUGCACUUCAACUUCGUCUAAAUUAACGUGUACGUGCAAGGAAGGAUACGUCAACAACACCAGGAAUAAUGAAAUGUUCCAGUGCUCUUGGGCAGAUGCAACUCGGCCUCAUCCAACACCAACCACGACAACAGAACAGCCUGUUGUGACUACAAAGUAUAUCGAGCCGGACCCCAAAACAAGUCAAACUGCCCUCAUUGCAACUGGUGCGGGGCUUGGUGGGCUAGUGCUUAUCCUUUUGGUUAUCAUUGUUGUUGAAUGCAGGCGGCAAAGGACACAUAAAGAAAAGGAAGCGGAACAAAUCCAACUGAAAGAACGCGAAAAGAAGAGACAGACGGGCUUUGAGGGCUCUUUCCUCGAGCGGAAUUACACUGGCAGACAUCCCGGCUCUGAACAUAAAAAUGGCGGACCUUACCCUAGCGGCCCAUUUAAGCCUAUUUCAAAUGGCCGAACUAGUCCUUUUAAGCCAGUAGAUACUGCAACUGGACGGGUGUUUCAAGUUCCCGAACCCAAAGCAGCUUCACCGCCGCCGGAGUAUCAUCGUCGAAAUAGAUCACGUGAAAGGCCGAAUAUGUCACGUGACAGCGGAUUGAACGGUUUUAACAGCAGCGGAAGUAUGGAGUCUACGCGGUCACGUGACAGUCAUGUAUACGAAAGCCUGGAGAAAGGUCGCGCACCCCAGGCGGAGCAUGCAGUUUAUAUGGCACUAUAUAAUGUAAAAUUGACAGCAAAUAACCAAAAUGCAUAACAUGAAUGAAUGAUAUAGCUUUUAGCAGCAUGAAAAGCAGCUUUUCUUUUGAAAAUGAAAGAGAUAGUUUAAUACAUAGUUUCAUAGUUUCAUAGUUAAUUUCACAUGCAUAAAAGCCAUAGGCCCAUGAGCAUACAAGAAGUAUGCAUAUAUACACAUAUCAUGACAAUUCAUAGAUCAGUGGUCAAAUACAAUU